AUGGUUAAGGCUCGGAAAUACGUAGUGAAGAAGAAAUUUGAAGGUGUACCGAAACGAGAUGACUAUGAAAUUGUUGAGUACGAAUUAGGUCCAAUACAAAAUGGCGAUAUCUUGGUGAAAGCAGAGUGGAUCAGUGUGGACCCUUACCAACGUGCGUACCAUGAUAGAUAUCCAAUUCCCUACGAUCAGUUUGGAUUUCAAGUCGGGAUUGUAGAAGAUUCCAAGAAUCCCAAAUUCCCUGUUGGAACGAGGAUUGUCACCCAUAAGGGAUGGUGUGAUUACAGCAUAAUCAACUUAAAUGAUGGUAUGAAAACAUCUAUGGACAUCGCUUACAAGCUACCGGACUUAAAAGGCCUUUCUAUAUCUCACGCUAUCGGAGCCGUUGGUAUGCCUGGAGCUACAGCUUAUUUCGGUUUCCUUGAGAUAUGUAAGCCAAAAGCUGGUGAAACAGUCGUAGUUACUGGUGCCGCUGGGGCAGUGGGUUCGUUAGUGGGACAAAUCGCUAAAAUAAAGGGAUGCAGAGUCAUCGGCUUCGCUGGAACAGAUGAGAAGGUACAAUGGUUGGAACAGGAAUUAGGAUUCGACAAAGCAUUUAAUUACAAGACAGUUGAUGCCAGGAAGGCUCUUAAAGAAGCCGCUCCGAAUGGAAUAGAUUGCUACUUCGACAACGUAGGCGGCGAAUUGAGCAGCAUUAUCAUGAAUCAAAUGAAUAACUUUGGAAGAGUCUCUGUCUGUGGAAGUAUAAGUGCGUAUAAUGAAGAUUUUAGCCAAUUGCCCAAAGCUCCUAUUGUACAAGUCGAUAUUGUUAUGAAGCAAUUAAAGGUUGAGGGAUUCCUUGUACCGAGAUGGUUGAACCGUUUUCCCGAGGCUUUUUCUGAAAUUGUAAACUGGAUCCAGUCUGGACAAUUAAAGGUGAAGGAACAUGUGUUAGAGGGUUUUGAAAAUAUAUUUGAUACGUUUGUCGCCAUGUUGUCCGGUGAAAAUACCGGCAAGGCUGUCGUUAAAGUGUAA